AUGCCAGAGGCCCAAUCGCCGAUGGAGUGGCCCGAGACGUCGGGCGCCUCGAGCCGCCUCACGACCGUGACGCCGGCCAACCUCGACGACUCGUCGCCGUUUGCGCCGAUUCCGCGGCUCUGCUGUACCUCGGCCGGCGUGUGCAGUCAAGCGUCGGCUCGACUGGAGGCUCGCGAGUCCGGCCAGAGUCGUCGGCCCGACGCCGGUUGGAACAUCGGCGUCGGCGGUGCUCGACCCGUUCGGCAGCCGGGACAAGCGGAGCGCCAGACUCCGGAGGCGGCUGCAGCGGCUCGAGCCGCCGCCAAUUCUGCGAUCGCGUCGCGGGUCACGGUCGUGCCGGCCCGAUCGGCGUCGAGGAGAUCAUCGCCGAGACCGAGGAAGAUGACGGCCACUCGGAUCGGCCAACUCCACCGAAUCGUCGCCGCCAACGCGCCCAACUCGCCGGUACUAACGUCAGGUCCCGGUUCACAGACGCCCCAACGACCCCCCGUUGCCAGGUGUCCAUCCCCCACAACUGGCCUCGACAUAUCCCCCCCUACUGCUCCACCACCUCCUCCUCCUCCGCCGCCGCCGCCGCCGCCACCGCCGCCCCCUCCACCUCCCACUCCGGCCACUCCCUCCUCAACGCCUCUUGUUCCGGCCGGGUGUGGAGAGCAUCGUCACCAGACCGCCUCGGAGACCGUCGAGCACAACCAGAUCGCCAUGGAGACGAAUGCUUCCGCGUGGAGUGGAGAUGCAGACGAGCACAGGCGACUUGUUGAGCGAAAAAAUGUCGGUCAUUUAAGAGCUCUUUUCGAGCAGAAGAUGCGUGAUCUGAACGGUCCAAUCGCGAGAGGUAUGUACAUGUGA